AUGGCCUCAAGACCCACUCACACCCGGACUGCCUCGACAAACCUGGCCAGCGGCUCAGGCCAGCGCAUCUUGGAGGGAAGGACCGCCAUUGUGACGGGAGCAUCUAGGGGAAUCGGUGUCGAAAUUGCCCGCAACCUCGCCAGCAAAGGCUGCAAUGUGGUCAUCAAUUACACGUCCGACUCGUCGACCCAAACCGCCUCAGACCUCGCCUCUGAACUCUCAGCCGAAUAUGGCAUCAAAGCCAUCAGCGUACAAGCAAGCAUGGGCUCUGAGAACGGACCCAAGCACCUUGUUGAGGUCACCAAGAACAACUUCCAACACCCCAAGACGGGCAAGUUCCAGUUGGACAUUAUCAUCAACAACGCGGGAGUCGCAGGCAACAACUACGUCGAGAACGUCGACUGCGAAGACUUUGCCAGACAGUUCAACAUCAACGUACGAGGUCCACUGCUCCUCCUGCAAGCCGCUGUCCCCUAUCUACCUCACGACCGCUCCGGCCGCAUUGUUAACCUUUCCUCCGUCAGCUCGUCGCUGGGAUACAAAGGUCAGUCCAUCUACGGCGGAACAAAAGCAGCGCUCGAAAGCAUGACAAGGACAUGGGCUCGCGAAUUAGCAGAGCGCUGCACUGUCAACGCCAUCAACCCAGGCCCCGUUGCAACCGACAUGUACUGGAGUAACGACGACGCUUUCAUUGCUCAGAAUAAGCCUUUCAUAGAAAACACACCCCUUUCUGCACCACGGAAGGGCAUCGACCCGGACAAGAUCUACGAAGCGAGCCAAAACGCUGGUGGACGGCCAGGCUACAGUGAGGAGAUUGGUGGGAUUGUUGGCAUGCUUUGCUUGCCUGAAGCGGGUUGGACCACCGGUAGCGUCAUCUGCGCAAAUGGUGGCAUGAAAUUCAGCUUCUAA